AGAAUUCUUGUUUUAAAUUUAAAAAAAAAAAAAAGAAAAUUGCACAAGGAUUGACAGGUCAAGAAAAAUAAAUUCAGGCUUGGGUUCAGUUUUUGUGUUCAACAUCACCCCAGUGAAUAGGAAGUUGUUCAGCUGGAGGUGUUUGGUUACUGGUUGUGACACUGACGUACUUAGGGUCCACUAAAGAACAAGAAUGCAACCUGCUUGUGAAAAACAUGCCUUGAUUGUUGAAUCACCUGUUGAAUCCCUGUCUACAGUCCUGGGAGCUGUUCUGUGUUGUGGCUGCCUUCCCUGUGAGGCCUGAGGCUGGUUUGGGAAGGGGGAUGUUGGAUACAGCACUGUGGCCCCACACAGGGGCAGCAGAAAGUGAAGCUUCCUUUCCUGGAUGGAUGAGAGUCACAAGAAGCAGGACUGAAUGAAUGUACAUCUUUUGCAAGAAAAAGUAUUUCUGAUCCUACAGUGUCUUAGAGUUAUAAGCUACACUGUUUAGGUUUGGAUUCUUUUGGAUUUGGUUAUACUUUGAUUGGUAGAAGGGCCAAACCAUGAGAUAGUCUUAAGUAUCAAUCUUAUAAAAUGUGGGAAUUUUGAAGAUAGGUGUCCUAUUUUCUUGCACCUGUACAAAUGGACAGCUAUAUACUGAUGUAUGCAGCAUCUACGUACAUGUAUACAUUGCAUUAUAGACUCCAUACUGUUUAUCUUAAGCAAAACUUGUGUUGCUACUGUUGGCUCAUUCACCUUUUAUAUGAUGUUACACUCAACACUAAAAGAAUUUCCCAAAAUUACAGAUAUAAUGAUUAAAUUUAAAGGCAUUAAGCUGACUAAUAAUAUAUACCCUCACCUGUAGUGGAAAGAAAUCCAUCACAAAUUUCUAAAUAAAUGCUGUUUUUCUGUGUUUAAAAUGAAGCUGUGGAAAUUAGUUUGUUUAUGCCUUGAUGGAGAAUAUUUACCUAAAUUCCAUCCAAUUGUUAUAUGUAGACAUUAGAGUACCAAUAAAUGAAAAUACUGCUUUGUAUUUUCAUUACUGUACUGUAGUCUGCAACAGAAGGCAAACAGGAAGUGAACAAACCACAUUCCUGAUUACUUUUUCAGGUAAUCUGGAUGUGUUCAAUAGCAGUUUCAAAAUUUCUAGCCCUUAAUGCCAAGUUUUGUUGCCAUCAUAGCUGUGGUGUGGGUGGAAAAGCCCAACCAGAAAAGAGCAGAUCUAACUGUAAGCUACUUUGCAUGUUGUCAAUUGACUAUAAAUUGCAGCAGUCAUUGACUCAGUGGAACAAGCUACAUAAUUCAGAUAUUUUCAGGUAUUCAUCACUCUUAAGGCAGCACGUCUGAUUUCCUUGGAUUUUACUUUGAUCUGGAGAUUGGCUAAAUGCAGAACCUGAUGGAUGGCAAAAGCUACUGUAACCUCAUCUGUGCUGAGACUCAGCACAUACAGCUGGCAAGGCCUUUCUGUGCAGACCCCCUGGUCACGUUUCACAUGUACCCAGAAGCACCAAACCAGGUCCCUUUGUCCGAAGAGUUGUCGUUCCUUCCUUUCAUGUCGGAGCAUCUCAUCACGGAGACCUUCUACAGUGAGCCCUGCCCCUUUCCCUACCAAAUGCCCCAUUCCAGUCUCCACAAAAGUGAGUUCUCCUAUGGGUCAGCUUUCAUCAGGAAGAGGAAUGAGAGGGAAAGGCAGCGUGUGAAGUGUGUCAAUGAAGGCUACGCCAAGCUGAGGCACCACCUGCCCAAGGAAUACUUGGAGAAACGUCUCAGCAAAGUGGAGACGCUCCGGGCUGCUAUAAAAUACAUCAGGUACCUACAGUCUGUGCUGUGCACUGACUCUGUGGUGGCAGGAAAAGGUGUCACGGAGCCAAACCAAGCACCUAAAGCCACUAACAAACAAACCCAGUUUUUGAAGACGAUCUAAAGUGUUCCAGAGGCAGCCAAAGGUAUCCUGUCUGGGAAUGUAGUAGCCACUGUGUUAAUGACGUGUGUGUUCCUGGCACUUCUUGGGAGCAGAUUGUGGCACACGUCACUGUCAGCCCACACCAGAGCUGAAACGUUGCAGAUAGUAACUACACUUAGGUAUGAGAAAGGCAGCUGGGGAAAUCUCAGUUGAAUGACCUAAGUUAAUUCAUGAAAAUCAGAACGCAUUUCUAAAUUUGUCACCAAGCUAAAAAUGUAACACCUAUAUGUGUGAAGUAACUGUAUGUAUCAUCCCAACCUGCAUGCUUUAAAAUAAAAUCUUUCUACUUACGGGACUGAGA